ACCACUUCCGUGAAAGGUCACACAGCCUGUAGUACAAGAAGAUAAGGCCAUAUCUAUACCAAGUCUUGGUAGUAUGUUCACGAUGACUUGGUUUUAUUUUUGCGUUUAUAGUUUCCUGUAUUUGGCAGGCUUUAUGGCGUCCUCAGCCACCACCGACAAGAAACGUUUUCUUAUUGAUAACCAACAGACAAGUCCGAUUCCCCUUGCAGUAUAUAGCAGUCUUCAAAAAGAUCUGGAUAGCCUACGUUCCAAUGAUGUCGAUCAAAAGCAGGAAAUGGCGCGGCUUGGUGGAACUAUUGCUGAUUUAAACACGCACUUGUCAAGGACAGAUGCAACUGUUAAUGACCUACUUAUGAAUCGAACCACUUGUCCUUGCUCAAAUGGCAUACACACUGGAAGUAUUGGACUACCGACAGGGGAACUGCAAAAUAUUUCUCAGAAACUAGAGACCAUUUCUGUUGAUGUACACAACCAAGCUUUGGUGACCAGUAAUCUCUCAGCCAUUACUGGAAGUGUAUCAAGACAGAUGUCCGGGACUUAUCAACUCUUGGAGGAACUCAUAUCACUACCUGCUGCUCAAGAACUAAAACAUGCGCUGCAGAACUCUGACCUUCAUACCAUUUUUGGGAAUAUAACGUCGGCACAUACCCAGUCACAAACUUGUAGCUGCAACAUGUCAGACAUAUCAUCACGAAUAACGGCUUUGGAUCAGAAAUAUCGGACUUCAUUGCUUCACAUUGAUAAUAUGAAAUCACACGCAUCUGCGAUAGAUAAUAAAUUAUCGCAAAGUGACGCUACGAUCCAAUCCUUUCAACAAAAGCUUGAUGAACAGGUUCAGAACUUAAAUACUAAAAAUGAUAUCUUGAGUGAUAUGAACUCGCAAAUACACAAACUGACACUAGAUUUGAAUAAACAAUCUGCAGUGAUUCAGAACUUAACGUCUGAGAAAGCAUCCCAGACCACGGCUGCUUCUUCUUUAGAAGACAAAGUCCAGACCCAGGCGGCUACCAUUCAGGCUAUGUCCAACACACUGAGUCAGCAAAACCUGUUCAUCAAUAAUCUCGUCAAUUGGCUCAAAGACACAGUGCAACUUCCGUGUACGACCGGCUCCAUCCACAACCUCUGUCCGACAGGAACAAAUGAGGUCGUCUUCCGCAACCAUUUCCACGAAGCGCCAUCUAUAUCCGUUUCUGCUUCGUUGCUCUAUACCCCGACAAAAGCUGUGCUGAACCAUGUGGCACCUACCGUUACCAACGUCACGCCACAGGGAUUCCGAAUCUCCGUAACUUGUGAAUCAAACAGCAACUAUGCAAUAGAGGCAACAUGGAAGGCAUGCGUCAUCCCACUGGCCGGAACCAAUACCAAGUAAAAGUACACAGAUAUAACAAAUCUAACCAUACAUUGGAGCAAUAAAAUAAUCUUCACGCACUAUUGCUUUACGCACUAUUGCAGUCUUAACAUUUCUCACUGUCGAAGGCACUGCUGUUUUGGCAACUUUCUAUUUCGGCCACCUACAGCUUUAUCCAUACAAAGGAUUAUUUCGAGUGAAACUUGUUUUGAUUCGUUAUUGUAUUCCAUCUACGCUAGAUGAUUGGAAAAUGUGACAUUUUUUAUCAACAGACUGAUGUGUUGAAGUAUUCCAAGCUGUGAAUACAGUUUCACUUUUCCCCCGAAUUUCGAUUAAAAGUAGACAUUUUGAGCCAACCUUACUUUUCUAUAAUUAAAUAUGAUAAAACAAACAUAAUAUGAGUCCCUAAA